AUGCUAUUACUAGUUCUUCUUUUCCCAACAAUAUUGACGGCGAACGUGCUCUUCGGUUUCGAAAGUCUUUUAUCUGUCGAAAAGGAAGUGCUGUUGCCGACGAUUUACGCAGAGAGCGAAAAUCCAGGAACUGAUUGUCCAAGAGUGCCGAAUUCGAUUCGGUUGAGUCAUUUGAUUCAUCGAACAUGCCCAACAAAGUUCAAUGCUGCUUGUGAUGAUUCUAUACUGUACGACCCAUUCCAUAAAUUCAACUUCAGAUGCAGCAUCGAAGUUCCUCUUCCAAACUCCAAAGGAGGAUUUGCUGAAAUGAAUUCGUCUGAAUUGAUCCAGCUGAUCAAAUUGAGAGAUCCGUUGAAAAGAAAUUGGUGUAUGAUCACAUUUUUCUAUUCCCAUAACUGUCCCUUCUCUGCUAAAAUCGCUCCCGAGUUCAAUGAUCUUCAUCGAUUGGUGCCGAAUCUUUUGACAGUGGCCAUUGAUGCGUCAGAAUUCAGUCGUCUUAACUUUAGAUAUGGUAUUGCUGGUACUCCAACGAUUUUAUUCUGGGUCAAUGGAAUGGGUGUUGCGAGAAUGAACAAUAACGACUUGUCAAUGAAAUCAUUACUAAAGUUCAUCCAGGCUCAUACCGAUUUGGCGGAAGAUGGUCUUCACAAAUACGGAAAAUUCAGAAAAUAUGUCAGAGAUUUUAUACUGGAUCGAGAUAAUGUGCCGAAAGUUGGAGUAUCGAUCAAAAUGGAGCGAAACAAGCUUGCCGAUAGGACCUAUACGGCUUUUUGUACGCUGAUCUGCAUUGGAAUGUUGCUGUACAACUCACGGGAAACAUUCAUCAAUCAUUCGUCAAUAAACUCGUAUUUGAAAAAUAAACUUGGCGAGAAUGGAUAUCGACGUUUUCUAUUCUAUAUGUAUCUUGAUGGCGAUAGAAACAUUGGAGCAGCUCGAGCACAAGAACAAAUUGACGAUGAUGGUCCACCAGAUUUCGAUGCUCCGCCUCCUCCAGAAGUAGAACCCGAGAAUGUAAUACUUGAGGAUUUGCCCCCGCUUGCUUAA